AUAAGAUUGACUAUUGACUAUUGACAGUAUUGUGUAUGCAAAAACCGCAUGCUGAAUGCCGAUUGCUGAAAGUUAAACACUUAUUCUGUAUAUCUGUCAUUCAGUGGCGAAAUUCUGAAAUUUCAUUCUUGAAAAUUAAAAAUUUAGUUGUAUUUUACACUUACAGUACAAUUUUUUUACUAAAAUGACUUCAAUUAUAAAUUAUCCAUUCCGGAUCUGUAGAUCUAUCUUGGGUACUUCAUUGGCAACGGAAAGUAGGAUAAAUGGUUUGAUGGGCUACAACAUUCUUCAUCGUAAAGUGUCAGAUGCUGCAGCUGAUAGUAGUAAAGAACCAUUAAAAGAAAGUAAAGAUAAGAUUGAUAUUGAAGCCCUUGUAAAACAAAAUGAAGAUUUACUUGAGGAAAAUAAAAAUUUAACUGAAAAAGUUAGGAGGUAUUUAGCCGAAACAGAAAACAUACGCAAACGUACUAUUAAAGAAACAGCUGAUGCUAAAAUUUAUGCGAUUCAAGGAUUUUGUAAAGACUUGCUAGAUGUUGCCGAUAGUUUAAGUAAAGCUACUGAAUGCGUUCCAAAAGAAGAAGUAUCUGAUAGUAACCCACAUUUGAAACAUUUAUAUGAAGGCCUGGUGACUACUGAAUCACAAUUACAAACAAUUUUUCAGAGACAUGGGUUAAUGUCUAUAAAUCCUUUAAAUGAAAAAUUUGAUCCCAAUUCUCAUAAAGCUUUAUUUGAACAGGUUGUUGAAGGCAAAGAAGGAGGUAUUGUGGUUGUAGUUUCCCAAAUUGGAUAUAAAUUACAUGAACGUAUCGUCAGAGCGGCUGCUGUUGGAAUCAGCAAGGAUCCAAAUUAAUAAAAAUCUAUAGUUUUUAAUUUAAGUAUCUGUUGUAAAAAUAAUUUAGAAUUUAAAUUAAUACACAGCCCAUAGUAUAAGUAGAUUUAAAACAACUAUUAUUUGAAAUUAUUUUUACUUUUUGUGGUGUCAGCUACAUAUAAACCUUAUUCCAUGGCCAGACAGGUCAAAAUUGUAUCAAUUAAGGAUUUAUUAGAAAAGAUAACUAUCAUCUAUGUUAUACUUUAUUUCAAUAAAUAAAUUAUGUAAUAUGUUUAACGUAUAUAAAAGGGUGAUAACUAAUAAAGUAA